AUGCACCUGGUGGUCAAUGACAUGUUCCUUCUCUCCCAAAUGUCCCUGCUGCUGCUGACUGACCUCCUGUUCAACAUCAAUGUGGCAAUCUGCAUCUGCCUGCUCCUAAUCAUCGUCUGCACUAACACUAACACACCGUUGAACCUAGCGGUGAUGGCGCUGGAGGGCUACAUCGCCGUCUGCUUUCCUCUCCGCCAUGCCCAGAUCUGCUCGCCCCUGGGUUUCUUCCUAUCCAGGGUCUUCUGUGUUGGGGACAGAGUCUUCAGAAACCCCCUCCUCAAAGAGAAGAGGGACGCCUCCUACAUCAUCUUCCUGGUCCUUGUCUGGUUCAUCCUCUUCUACACAUAUUUCAAAAUCCUAUUCGCUGCCAAGGGUGCUUCAGCAGAUGCCAAAAAGGCAAGGAACACAGUGGUCCUCCACGGCUUUCAGCUGCUACGAGCAUGCUCACCCCAGCUCAUCUACGGCCUCAGAGACAGGACCUUCCGGAAGCUCCUGCUUAACGUUCUGCCAGGGUAUAGGGUAAGAGAUCUCAGAACACUGAAUGAGUCGUUGGUCGGGAGAAAUUCCUCAGCUCUCCUUAUUACAGAAACGUUUACUACAGUCGUCGCCAAGAACGUCAUUGUCGUGGUGCUCUGCAUCUCCAUCAACUACAUCAACGGCACCCUGGUCCAUACCUUCACCAAACAUCAGCUCUUUAGGGUGAACCCUCGAUACAUCCUCUUCAUCCACCUGGUUCUCAACGAUAUGAUCCAGCUGUCGAUUUCUGGGCUUCUGGUCGUUAUCUGGUACACCUUCUACACCAUCAACGUUUCUUUCUGCUGCCUCCUGUUGGUCAUCUCCAUCUGCACUAGCCUCAACACCCCUCUCAACCUGGCCUGUAUGGCAGUGGAGUGCUAUGUAGCUGUGUGCUUCCCUAUGCGUUACCUACAGAUUUGCACUGUGAAGAGAACCUACAUCCUGAUAGGUUUGAUUUGGGGGGUGAGUGCCAUCUCCAUCCUACCCGACAUCUUCCUGCUCGUGAUAGUGGAGCCUCCAAGCUUCUUUCAUGCCAGGGUUAUCUGCAUCCGGGACAUGGUCUUCAGGAGCAGCAUCCAGAAGAGGAACACCUCCCACAUCAUCUGUCUAGUUGUGGUCUGGCUAACCUUGUUCUUCACCUAUUUCAAUGUUCUGUUCGCGGCCAAGGCGGCCAACGCAGAUGUGAAGAAGGCGAGGAACACUCUGCUUCUGCAUGGCUUCCAGCUCCUGCUCUGCAUGAUGACUUACAUACAGCCCCUACUUCAGGCAGCCCUGCUGUACCUUUUCCCCCAACAUAUCUAUGAAAGUUUGUUCGCCUUAUAUGUCUUAAUUCAGGUCAUGCCACGCUUCCUAAGCCCCAUUGUUUAUGGAGUAAGAGAUAAGAAGUUCCGGAACUAUCUCAGUAGAUAUUUGAUGUGUGAAGUCAUCAUAAAAACCAAACCAAACCAUCACAAUCACAAAGCAGGAUUCUAA